CUCUCUUUUAAGGAUUAAAUCGCUCUUAUUUUCUUUCUGUUUCCUAUAAACCAAACACUAUCAAAAAGUUUAUAUAUAUAUAUAUAUAUAUAGCAAUGGAUAUUGUUUCCUCUUCUUACUAUGAAAACUUGAAGAGGUAUUGGAGGAGGAGAAGAUACCAAAGGCUAAGUGGAUCAAACAAAAUCAAGAGGAAGCUGAAAGUAGAAAGACUUGGGGAUAACGAAACUCAUUCUCGUCGUCGAUGCUCUUGGAAGAUUAGGGCGUUACCAAAGCUGAGAGUAUUGAAACUUGUUUCGCCGGCGAAGCUUUUGGCUAAGUUCCAUGAUUCUUAUGUUGACAUGAUGAUAGGGCUAGCAGGAAAUGUUGCAACAUCAAAGCGUGUUGGAUUUGCAGGAAAAAGAGUUGUUGCAAAAGACCAACAGAUUUCAGUGGUUUCUUGUGGUGAAGAAGUUGAUAGUAGAUUGGUUUUGGAGAUUUACAAGAGGUUUGCUGCUUCUCGUAGUCAAGUUGCUUCUUGUUGAUAAAAUAUUGAAGAAAAACAAUAUUCAAUUUGUGUGACUGUUUUUGAUAAAAUAUUUCAUGUGUAUUUCAUCUUCAAUUCUUUAAUGUUUUGUGUUUUUUCCCAAAUUAUCUUGGUGUAACCCAAAGUUGGGGUGUAAUUAAA